GGGUGUUUGGGUAUGCAAAUCCUCUCCCUCAAACUUGCAGGAAACUCACGUAACAUUUAUUUGUAGCAUUGGUAUAAAUAAUACAGCUGUUGUGCCACAGAUUGAACACAAAAAAAAAAAAACAAAUGAUGUGUUGAUGAGACUGUGUGUGCUUCAUAACAUUAAAAAACAGGUACUUAUAAAACUAGACUGAUUUGUUUGUGAAUUUGUUCAUUUUUAACUAUUUCUGCCACAUGAACAUUAUAUGCAAAUUUGUAUGAAAAACUUGAAUACUCUGUUUACUCUGUUCAUGUGGUCUGUUUACAUGUAGUGGUUUAAGCUGUACUGUUUUUUUUUUUUUUAUAAUACUGCAUCUAUUUUUGGCUUCUGCUAGGUAUUUAUUAACUCUGUACUGGACAGAAUAAAGCGUAACAUUGAUCUUCAAUCUUAGCGGAGGAUUCUUCUUUAGUUAAAAACUGUAUUUUUAACUUUGCUUUGUGUAACCUAAUUCAAGAAUAGCAUCUCAAAUCAUCAUCUCAGGCUUUUUAGGAUCAAAUAGGAUCAACUUUUAAUCUUCUAACAGUUAUAAUCAAGAGUGCAAAAUUUGCCUUAUUUUUCAUUAUUUUCAUUAUUGAAUUUCAUUAUUAUCUCAGGCCAUGCUAUUACUUCCUCCUCUGUCUGUAGCUACUCGAGAGAGAGUUGAGAAUUUUGCGACUACACACAGAUCCUUUUAACCAUCUUCUGCUUUAAUCAAGUCAAACCAGCCAGAAACUUUGACAUUUGUAAUAUAAGGUUUUAACACAAAAUGAUUAAAACAAAAAGAAUUUGAGUGAAAACUAGCUUGCUCUGUUUGAGGAAACUGCUUAGUGGCAUUACAUGUGCAAUAGUGUGAAUGACAAAGCAGCUAGUGUUGCAAGUCCCUCCCAUCUCUUUUUUUCUGUCUCGCACAAAUGCACACAUGCCUGCAGUUCAGUCUACAGAAACAGUGCAGUUCAUGUCUAAAUGAAGAUGGGGGGACUGAGACACCAGCACGUUGCUCUACUUCCUCUAGCACUGUCUAUACACUCCAGCUUCUGCUGUAACGGGACCAUGAAUUCAACUAUGAACCAAAAUGCUACCACCAACGAAACUGAUGCCAGCUCUAACACGACGUCUGGAAUGACGGGUCACAGAAUCGCCCUGGUCAUCAUCUACACGCUGGUGUUCAUGGUGGGAAGUGUCGGCGUGACCCUAAUGAUCGGUGUGCUAAAAUCAAACCUGCGCUCGUGGACCACUGUCGCCUUUUUCAACUUGAUCUUGGUCCACAGUAUCUUCUUGCUCACCAUCCCUUUCCGCAUCAACUACUACGUGACGGAGAACUGGGACCUGCCUCUGACUUUCUGCAAAGUGGUCAGCAGCAUGAUCCACAUUCACAUGCAUGUGGUCUUCGUCAUCUAUGUCAUCAUCCUCACCAUUCAUUUCUUCCAUUACUUUAAAAAAGUGGAGCAAAUGGAGUUCUAUCGGAGUCUCCAUGCCAUGGCAUUUAGUGUCGGCAUAUGGUUGAUUGUGAUAAUCUUCAGCCCUGUGAUCUUAUAUCAUUAUGGGACACAUGCGAAUGCCACUGAGCACAAAUGCUUCCACUUUGCCGCAGAGCUCGGAGUAGUACCGGUGUGGGUUUGUAACAUUUUUUUGUCUAUUUGUACAGUAAUCUUGUCGUGCAUCGUGAGCUGUAUACUUUCAGUCAUUCUCUACUUGAUGAUCAAAAAGCAUGGUGCGUCUUCAUGGGCUCAGCAGGAGUUCUGGGCUCAGAUGAAGAACAUCAGCCUCGUGCUUAUCAUCCUCUUCUGUCUGGCGCCGUAUCACCUGUAUCGGCUGUACUAUCUAACCAGGUUUUCUGAACUACAAGAGGAAAAUGAGGUGUUUCUGGCCAUCACAUCCCUUACCUGCUUCGACAUGAUGCUUGUUUUCGCAGGGAAGGGAAUAUGCCAUAGGUGCGGGGGUUGACUGCAGAAAACGCUGCUCUGUGGAACCUACUGUCUUAAUGUUGCAGGAAAGGAGGAAGAGAACGAGGGUCGUGGUUUACUGCCGAGAUCAAACUCAGCAUCAUUGAUCUAAAGUGGUUGCAAAUUGUUACAUCGCUGACUCUUACCUUAUGAAUGCUGUAUGGAAAGACGAAAACCAUUUCUCAAAAACCUAACUGAAAGAUCCCUUUAAAUUUUGAUUCUUUUAACCUCAGGAAUUUCAGAAAUAGUAAAAGGCAGCUUGCUUGUAUAAGGUGAACUGCCAUCUGCUAGUUUUCUUGGAAAGGUCUAUUAAAGGUGCAAUUUAUUAUUUAUAAAUUUCUUACUAGUACAAAUGAUCUGUAUAAAUAUGUAGAACAAGAUAAUAAAAAUUGUUUAAGCAGUGGCAUCUGCACAAGUGUAUUAUUGGCCUGAGAAAACACAUUUGGGAAAUUGUGGUCGGGGUCGGAAUGCAUGUACUACAUGUAUUUACGUGUAUCUCCUGUCAGUAUUUUUAUAGACACGCCCCAAUGCCUUUUCAUCUCAGUCUGUUCGGAAAGGGAGAAUGUACAUUUAGAACAAUGGUUCUCAAGGUGGGGUCUGUGAAGCAUAGCUUCUUUAUUUUUAUUUUUAUUUUGAUUAUUUUUAUUUUGUAUUUGGUGGAAAUCACAACUUACCGUUAUCAAAGUUCUUAUAUUUAUUAUAGAGUGUUCUGUUGUUGAAACAUUGUGGAAGAAUAUAACUGUACACAUUUGAAUAAAGAGCCUAAUAUUUAAAUAGUUGGAUUAUGUUUAAUUUAUUUUGCAGUUAAAGGGGUCUCUCGCUGCAAAAAAGUUGAGAACCUGUGCUUUAAAAAGCAAGGAAAGGAGAGCUUAAAGGCAGGAGAAGGCUAAAUCUUAUAAAUUGAGGAUUUGGUGCCUUCUGUUGUCUAACACAGAGAAACGCAAAUAAAAUAACUGCAAAUAAAAAGCAAACAAACAGUGAAAUAAAUAGAAAAUAAACUGAAAUAUCAGAAUCUGUGCAUACCACGCAAUUGAGCUAAUUUUAGUUCACAGUGGGCUGGAAAAAAUAGGAAAAUAAGUUGACUAUAAUAAACAGUUACACUUUGAAAUAAAUUUUAAUGAAUCAAAAGUGUUUAAUGUGCCAACCCAGCUUUCUUUAUAAAGAAAUUAUAAAUAUUGUUCUACUUUCUGAUGGGAACUGACUAAUGGUUUCCAUCAAGCUUCAGCAUCGAUUAAAUGGUUUUCGAGA